AUGGAAUCCAUCCCGGACAUUUGUGAACGGACGGCCUCCAACGCGGUCUGGACGUGUCCCGGAGACACUGUCUUCUACGAUGCAUCCGUCAUCUGGGGUUUGAUCGGUCCGCGAAGAAUCUUUGGAGACCUCGGAGCCUACGCGUCCGUGAACUGGUUCUUCCUAGGAGGAGCAAUCGCCCCUGUUUUGGUCUGGCUGGCCACCAGGGCGUUUCCUCGACUGGAGUGGAUAAGGCUGGUCAACAUCCCGGUCCUGAUUGGAGCGACGGGCUUGAUGCCGCCGGCCACUGCGGUUAACUACACGAGCUGGAUUCUGGCUGGGUUUCUGUCCGGGUUCGUGGUUUUCAGGUACCGGCCGGAGAUGUGGCAGAGGUACAACUACGUGUUGUCGGGUUCAUUGGAUGCAGGGCUGGCGUUUAUGGGCGUGUUGUUGUACCUGUGCUUGGGGUUGGAGAAUGUGAGCUUGGAUUGGUGGGGGAAUGAUCUCGAUAGCUGUCCCUUGGCUUGCUGCCCUACCGCUCAAGGUAUUGUUGCAAAAGGCUGCUCUGUUUCUAUUUAA